UAUUUAUGAACAUAGGACUUAGGGAAACUGCAUUAAUGGCAAGAAGAAUCCAAACAGCACCAUAUAUAGUUGCCAUUCUGCUGAUUACCGUUCUUGACUCGUGUUAUUCCUCUGUUCUUCCACCGUUUCUUCUCAGCUUUAUUUUCAAAAAAAAAACUUCCCUCCUCUUUAGAUUUCUUAUUCAGUGAAAAAAUAGUGAAUAGACAAAAAUGGAGACAAGCUCAGUUUCCAAGUUCUUCAUAGUUUAUACUAUUUCAUUGCUAAUGGUAGCUCAGUUGAUUUGGUGCAAAGUCACUUAUGAUAAGAAGGCCAUUAUUAUUAAUGGCCAAAGAAGAAUUCUUCNUUCCCUCCCCCUCCCUUUCUUCCCGAUCAUGUGGGAAGAUCUCAUAAACAAGGCUAAAGAUGCAAACUUGGAUGUCAUUGAAACUUAUGUUUUUUGGAACAUACAUGAACCUUCCCCAGGCAAUUAUGAUUUUGAGGGGAGAUAUGAUCUUGUAAGGUUUAUAAAAACUGUGCAAAAAGCUGGCCUUUAUGCACAUUUGCGCAUUGGACCUUAUGUUUGUGCUGAGUGGAAUUUUGGAGGAUUUCCUGUAUGGUUGAAAUAUGUUCCUGGUAUCAGCUUCAGAACCGAUAAUGAACCUUUUAAGGCGGCGAUGCAAAAAUUCACCCAAAAAAUAGUUGAGAUGAUGAAGAGUGAAAGACUGUUUGAAUCCCAAGGAGGUCCCAUUAUACUGUCUCAGAUUGAAAAUGAAUAUGAACCAGCAAGGAAGGCGCUUGGAACGGCUGGCGAAGCAUAUGUCCAAUGGGCUGCACAAAUGGCUGUUGGAUUAGAUACUGGAGUUCCCUGGGUUAUGUGCAAAGAGGAUGAUGCCCCUGAUCCUAUCAUAAAUACAUGCAAUGGUUUUUACUGUGACGAAUUUUCUCCCAACAAACCUUACAAGCCAACUAUGUGGACUGAAGCUUGGAGUGGCUGGUUCACUGAAUUUGGUGGCACUAUACCUAUGAGGCCAGUUCAAGAUUUGGCAUUUGCGGUUGCACGGUUCACACAAAAAGGUGGCUCAUUUGUUAAUUAUUACAUGUUUCAUGGGGGAACCAACUUUGGACGCACAGCGGGAGGACCUUUUAUAACAACAAGCUAUGAUUAUGAUGCUCCGAUUGAUGAAUAUGGUUUGAUCAGGGAGCCUAAAUACAGCCAUCUAAAGGAGCUCCACAAGGCGAUUAAACUAUGUGAACAGGCUUUAAUAUCCUCAGAUCCCACUGUUAUUUCACUAGGAAGCUCUCAGGAGGCUCAUGUAUUCUCGUCUGGCAAAAGAAACUGUGCAGCAUUUCUCUCAAAUUACGACAGCAACUCUGCUGCUAGAGUAGUUUUUAACAACAAGCACUUUAAUCUUCCUCCUUGGUCCAUAAGUAUUCUUCCAGAUUGCAAGCAUGUUGCCUUCAAUACAGCAAAUGUUGGGGCGCAAACUUCACAAGUGAAAAUGAUACCAACUGGUUCUCAGCUGCACUCUUGGGGGGCUUACAGCGAAGAUGUAUUUUCUCUAGAGGACGGUUCAACAUUUGCAGCUAAUGGACUAUUGGAGCAGAUAAAUAUCACCAGAGAUAACAGUGAUUACUUGUGGUACAUAACAAGUGUUGAUAUUAGUCCCUCGGAAUCAUUUCUGCGAGGAGGACAGAAACCGACUCUCAGUGUCCACUCAAGUGGGCAUGCAGUUCAUGUCUUUGUAAAUGGGAAACUUUCAGGAUCUUCUUAUGGUAGUCGGAGGGAUACAAAGUUCACUUUCACAGGACCAGUUGAUCUGCAGGCCGGAACCAAUAGAAUUGAGCUACUGAGCAUUGCUGUAGGCCUGCCGAAUAUUGGACUGCAUUACGAGGAAUGGAACACAGGAAUACUUGGGCCAGUUGUUCUUCAAGGUCUCAACCAGGGCCAUAAAGAUUUAUCGUCGCAGAAAUGGACAUACAAAGUCGGAUUGAAAGGAGAAGCAAUGAACUUGAUCUCUCAUCAUGGAGUGUCUUCAGUUGAUUGGAUUGGUGGUGCACUAGCUACCCAGGGACAGCAACCACUUAAAUGGUACAAGGCUUAUUUCGAUGCACCAGAGGGAAAUGACCCUGUGGCCCUAGACAUGAGAAGCAUGGGUAAGGGACAAGUUUGGAUCAAUGGACAAAGCAUAGGUAGAUAUUGGACAGCAACUGCUAAUGGCAAUUGUGAUGCUUUCCACUAUGCUGGAACUUACAGACAAACUAAAUGUCAACUUGGUUGUGGUCAACCAACUCAGAAAUGGUACCAUGUCCCAAGGUCUUGGUUGAAACCAACAGAAAAUUUGGUCGUCUUGUUCGAGGAACUAGGUGGUGAUGUAUCAAAGAUAUUGUUAGUGAAAAGGACAACUUCAUGAGUUCAGUUAGUUUAGGAAACGUCACCAGUAGGAAGGAAUUCUGUAGGUUUUUGAUUAUUAGGGAUAAAUCCAUGCUAUAGAGUCACAUUUCUUGGAAAAAGCCAAGAUCUAGGAGAAUUUCUGGUUUUACAUCUAUUAGAAUAUAUACACCACUUUGCGUGGUGGAUGGAUGUAUAUGUUUGACGUCUUCUGUUCCCAGUCACAGUUUGGUGUCUCACAUUCUUUCUGACAUUGUGUAACCAAUGACCUUCAUCAAGAAAAUAACUAGACAAAAGGUCUCAAGUCAUAUUUCAUAUCCAUUUCUGAACGAGCAAAAGGGAAUAUUUAUCACUGUCCUACUAUAAACUGGAUCUCUUGCAGUCGAAAUGUAACAAAAUACGGCUCCUGUCAUAUCGAGGGUCUACCGGAAACAACCUCUCUACCUUAUGUCAUCUCUACCUUCAUAAGGUAGGGGUAAGGUCUGCGUACACAUUAUCCUUCCCAGACCCCACUUGUGGGACUUCACUAGGUUUGUUGUUGUUGUUGUUGUUGCGGCUCUUGUCAUAUGCAGCGGCAGCAAAUUUUGGUUCCCAAUGAUUUUUAAACUUGUAUCAGGCCAAGAAAUGUUGCUUGUGCAAAGGAUACACGCACACACACAUUCAGAAUUGCUCACAUAUGCUGAUAAUGUACUAAGAGCAGUGAAAGAUGUAUUAACUUGUAAAUAAGUCCAGUGCUGUCGUAGCAAAAUGGAAGCUUCACAAGAGUAAAGCUGGAAAAUAGUCUUUUGAUAGAAAUGGUUAUAUAGCCUUGCACCAUGUGCACAUAUCAGAUUCCAAACCAAAACAAAGGUUCAUAAAAGCAUGAUGUAUAAUCAACAAACAACAAUUCAUAGAUCAAAAUUCGAUCCAGGGGAGUAUAUAUGUUGCUUUAUUUAGAAUAAGCCAUUAUGCUUUGCCACUUUGCGUGGUGAAUGUAUAUGUUGGUGCAUCCUGUUCCUCAUUCUAGUGAAAUUUAUGUUCAAACAUAAAUUCUAACUUCCAAAAUAUACUUGGACUUAAAACUUAAACACUAUGUUUUACAAUUUCAACCAAAGUUAAUUGUCCAAACGCGUUCUCAAAGAUAUGCUGAGAUGCUGGAUAAUGUACCGAGAGAACCAAACGUUCAAAGCAAUUGUAAAUAAGUCAGUGCUAUCCAAGCAAAAUGAGAGCUUCACAACAGUAGAAAUCUGAAAAUAGUCUUUCUGUAGAAUUGGGCAUAUAGCCUAACAUCAGUAACACCAAAUGCACAAAUCAGAUUCCAAGCACCAAGACAAAGGUUUCACAAAAGCAAUAAAAACAUGGUGGAUAAUAAAACAUACAAUCAUCCUUACUUUGAAGUUCGAACAAGUUACUUGGUUAUUACAGAAGA